AGUGUUACCCUCUGUUCUCAACAAUGAAGUAUGGUACUGAAGAAGAAACAGAUGCUGAAUUUGACACUAAAGCAGAUGCUGAUCCUAAUAAAAUUCUACAGGAAGUUGACACCAUUUAUCAGUUCAUUUCUUCUACUGAACCCUUGUUUGACAUCCCCCCUUUUGAGAGAAGCACUAGUGCACAGAACAGCAAAUAUUAUAUCACGAAUUCCACAGAGGUGCAUAGCACUGGGAACUUUCUCUAUACAUAUGUGGAAACGUAUGACCAGCAAGGUAACAGAAAGACCACUGGUGGAGAUUUUUUCAGAGCCAGAAUAUAUGAUAAGAACACACUUACUGGAGCUACAGGGAGUAUCACUGAUUUUAAUAAUGGAAGUUAUCUUGUAACCUUCCCACUUUACUGGGAAGGCACUGUAUACAUUUCAAUAAAACUACAGUAUUCAUCUGAAAUGAUAUCUCUCAUUCACAGACUCAGGGACACAGACAACCACAAAAUGGAAUUUUUUGGAAUUUUUAUUUUGAAUAACUAUAAGGAAAUUACCGAAUGCCAUUUUAACCUGACAUCUAUUGGUCCUUUGUGUGAUCUUUAUUAUCAUAAUUCAGGAAUUAAAUGGAUGUGUGUGAAACCUAAAAACUUAAGCUGUGAGAAUCUACACCACAUGGAAUCCUAUUUCCGAGACCCUCCAAUAACUGAUGAUGAGAAAAAACUUUUGGACAG